UGGGUUUGUGCGCUUGAGCAGGGGGGGAAGGAGAGGCGGGGGGACCGGAUUUAGCAGAUUUUCUCCGGGUUGGUGGGUGUGUGAGAUCUUCCAUCAGUUGCAUCGAACAGUAAACAGCAUCUCCGAAACUGGGAUAACAAAAAAAAAGAAAAGAAAAGCCGCUGCUCUUGUCUGGUCCGUUGUGUUUUUUGUUCAUUGGGCGUCUCAGACUCCGGUGAUAGAUACAUGAUAAAAGGAAGCAGUAGUGUCACUUCACCGAUUCCAUCGCGUUAUUAACACACUGAAUGGUUGCUGUUCGGGAUUGCAUUGGGUUUAAACCGCUUAACAACUGAAGUCCUGAUCAGGAUUUGCUCUUCUUCAAUGAGGAACUACAGGCUCAUCUUCUGCCACAACCUGAAGCAGCCUUAGAUGAGCAAAGAAUGCCUAUUCACUGAGAGUGACUGGAGUAGACAAGCUGAACAUUUGGGUGUCUGUGUGCUCAAAGAAGGAAACAGCCUUGCUGUGGAAGCUAUGAGGAAGAGCCUCUCCCCUGCCCUCAGCACCUGCGACUCCCUCAGCACGGCCAGGGUAUUUGGAGUUCCCCUCGAGGAGCUGCAGCAGGACGGGCAGCCUGGACAGGAGGUCCCCGUCCUGGUGAAACGCAUCGUCGAGUACAUCGAAGAGCACGGGGGCUUGGACCUGGAGGGCCUGUUCCUGGUGAACGGGAAUGCGGAGCGAGUGGAGUGGCUGCGGCAGCGCUAUGAGAGCGGGGAGGAGGUCGAUCUGGAGAAGGAGGCGGACCUGGCCUCUGCCGUCAGUCUGCUCCGACUGUUCCUUCAGGAGCUCCCCGAGCCCAUCAUCCCAGCCGCCCUGCAGGCUCACAUCCUGCAGCUGUAUCAAGACUUCAGCACGGAGGAGGAGCAGUCCAGAAACAUGAAGUACUUCCUGCAGCAGCUCCCGCAGGCCAACUACAGCCUGCUUCGCUUCCUGUGCCGCUUCCUGUGCAGCGUGGCGUCGCUGCAGGAGGAGAGCUGGAGCGCGGGCGCCCUCGCCGCUGUCUUCGGACCCGACGUCUUCCACAUCGAUACGGAAGUGGAGGACCUGAAGGAACAGGAAUCAGUCGGCAGGAUCUUGGCUGACCUGCUGGAGAAUCAGGAGGACUUGUUUGAUUGUGAAGAGGAGGAUUUCUCCACUACCAAUGACUACAGCUCCGUCACGGGACAAAUCACGGAGCUGCUGGAAGAGGAGAAGCUGGAGCAGUGUGAGGAUCUACCCCAGGACAGUGAGGACAGCCCGGAGGAAUCCCAGAACGAGGACUCCGCCUCGUCCAGUUCCCACAUCACUCCCAUCAGUAUUUUGCCAGCUUCUGCAGACAUCAUCGAGAGGACGAUCCGUGCUGCGGUGGAGCAGCAUCUCUUUGACCUGCAGAGCAGCAUUGAGCAGGAGAUCCACAGCUAUGAGAGGCAGGGAGCCGAGGAGAUCCACAGCUAUGAGAGGCAGGGAGCCGAGGAGACCCGCAGCUAUGAGAGGCAGGGAGCCGAGGGGCUGGGGCAGGGGGAGGCUGGCACUGGACCAGUGGAGCGAGACGAGGACAGCUCCCAGCCUGGGCUUGUAGAAACACUGCCUAAAGACUGUCCAGAAGAGAUGGGUGACGAGGAGGAGGAGGAGGAGAGCAGGCAGGAAGUGGAGAGCGCCGCCCUGCUGGAAGGCUCUGGCAGUGACGCUGACACUGAAGCAUUGGUGGAAGCUGAAAACAACAUCAACACAGCCAGACAGGAAGACUGCCGGGUGUCCGAGAACGACAACGAAGCUGAACUCAUCACCUGUAAGCCCGGUGGCAGAGGGUAUGAUGAGAACGCCAACUCGGAGUCGACAGACCGUCCCGGCCAGCCAGGACCAACCCCCCACCUCGACCUGCACAGAGUGUUUCAAGGGUUGGAAGCGCCAUGUCCAAUCACUUUCCCCCUCAUUGACUUCAAAUCAAUGCACCUGCAGAAGGACGGGGAAGACCCCGUCCCUGCGUUCAAGUCCUGGCAGGAGGACUGUGAGUCCGGGGAGGCUCAGCUCUCCCCGCUGGCCGGCUGCAUGGUCCACCACCCCCUGGAAGAAGACUCCCACCUGCUGCUCGCACGCCGCUUCCUGGACUUCGGACACAGCCAGCGCUUCCUGCAGACUCCCGACGCCUCCUCCUCCUCCCCCCCCACUAAAGCACUUUCCUUCAGGAGGCCUCGCCGAGCCUCCUUCAGCUCCAGAGAGACUGGGAAGGGGGAUGCCGUCCCCGUCCAGUUCACCAAGAAACUGCAGAACCUCAAGAAGAAGAUCAAGCAGUUUGAGGAGCAGUUUGAGAAGGAGAGGAACUACAAGCCCUCGCACAGUGAUAAGGCAGCUAAUGCAAAGGUUUUGAAAUGGAUGACGGAGCUCACAAAGCUACGCAAGCAAAUCAAAGACACUAAGCGCAAGUCCUCGGACGGAGAGUUUCCUCACCAGCCCCGGCCGCGGAGCAACACCCUCCCGAAGAGCUUCGGCUCCACGCUGGACCAUGGGGAGUCGGAGGGGGCGGUGCAGGGGCGGCCCAGCCCAGAAUCCACAGUGGAUCUCAUCCUGCGCAGGCUCCGGGACAAGAGGGAGGAGGCAAGCUGGCCAGAGGACAUGAAGAAAAAGACAAAGGAAAACCUGCUCUGUGAGAAGACAGCACUGCAGAAGAACCUGCUGUACUACGAGAGUAUCCACGGGCGCCCGGUCACCCGCGAGGAGAGGCAGAUUGUGAAGCCUCUUUAUGAAAGAUACCGGCUGGUGAAGCAGAUGCUGACCCGAGCUAGCAUCACAACCCUAAUCGGCUCUCCGUCAUCCAAGAGGCGGGGACAGAUGUUGCAGCCAAUCAUUGAGGGGGUAACUGCCCAUUUCUGUGAUGAGAUCAAUGAGGAGGAUGAGGAGGACGACGAGGAAGAGGAGGAGGAGGAGGAGGAUGGGGUCAGUGAGGAAACAGCAGUCACCAUCAUGCUGGACCCGGCCAGCCUCCCCCACUCCUUCCAGGCUCACCUGGACAGAGAGAAGAUGGACCCCAAGCUGGAGGAGAGCUCGGGCAGGCUGGCCCGCGACCUCUGCAUGUCUAACACCAACACUACAUCCAUGCCGGAGCUCCUGGAGCAGCUGUGGAAGGCGAGGGCCGACAAGAAGCAGCUGCGGAAGAGCCUCCGAGACUUCGAGGACGACUUCUAUCAGCAGAACGGCAGGAAUGUGCAGAAGGAAGAUCGCUCUCCGAUGGGGGAGGAGUACAAGGAAUACAAGCGGAUCAAAGCCAAACUCAGACUGCUGGAGGUUUUAAUCAGCAAGCAGGAUUCUACCAAAUCCAUUUAACCCCCUCAGGGUCCACGUGUCCUGCACCCCUCUCUCCACACAGCCACUGACUAUCACACUGGAGCCAGCCUGGCCUGAGGAGGAGUGGCAUGGCAUAGCAUAGCAAAGCUUCCCAGCUCUGCCAGAUGUGUGGAGAGCUCCUGCUCCUGCUCCUGCUCCUCCUGCUUGUGCUCCUCCUCCUCCUCCUCCUCUUGUUUUUUUUAAAGACCCUUCUCAGUGUUUUUCUGCUGACUACAUGCAUUUUGUUUCAACAAUAAAGGACUGUUAAUGUUAAGAACCAGAAGGGGAACUUUUUUUUUUUUUUUUUUUAUUUAACGGAGCUCGUUUUGAGUUUGUUCUCUUAUUUAUUUUAAAUGACACUUUCAUGUUAACUGUAGUUAGUUUAUCACACUGGGACUUUUCUAACACUUGACAGUGUGCACACAGGAGGGCUGAGGUUUUUGUAUAAAGACAGAAUGAGACGGUUUGUAUUUGAACAGACACAGAGCACUCUCCCAAACACCAGACAACAGGCCGCACCGCUCCUGGCAAUCGGACUCGUGUGGAAACACUUGAGUGCUUUACUUCUGGUAUCAAAUCCUGGGAACCUUUCAACUGACCAUAAACAAAAAGACUUGGAGACAUGAUUUCAAAACCCUGGAUCAAAACUUAUAUAUAUACACACACACACAGGAGGAUUUUUUUAUUGUUGUUUUUCACAGAACCCUGGAUGUUUUGUGUUCCCGAGAGGGUUCUCUGAAUGUACUCGCCCAUGCCCAGCAACAAGGACGGUGGAAGUCAGUCCAUGCCCAGCAACAAGGACUGUGGAAGUCUGACCAUGCCCAGCAACAAGGACGGUGGAAGUCAGUCCAUGCCCAGCAACAAGGACGGUGGAAGUCAGUGUUGAUUUACCACCUGUUCUGUGUGUGCAUGUGUGCAGUGCUGGCUGUUUCCAGGACACAAGGGCUCUUACUCAAGUCUGUGUUGAUGGGACUUUUUUUUAAAGAAUACAAAAAAAAAAAAAAUCUUCUGUUGCGUUGCAAAUACUGAAAGUGUUUAAUAGACCUUGAAUUAAACUGUAGAGCUGAUUUUUAGUUCUAUUUUUGUACAAUUUAUUGUUUUCUUUAGUUUUGUUCACUUUUUCACCUGAUUGUUUUUCUGUAGAGGGGGGUCACUGAACAGAAUGUGUGCAGAUUGUCUGCAUGACGUCUCACAGCGAGCAGGGGCAGGGGUCUCGCAGGGGGUGGGGGUCCCACCUGGUAUUACCCUUCAGAAACCGCUAAAGCAAAAAGCAACAAUCGCUCUUCCUGCCCAGAGUCUGUUCAUCAAGACCAGUCACUGCAAUGGAAAGAUCCGGAAUGAACCGCAGCUUCCCGAGCCGAGCUCCAUCACUGAAGGGGUAUAUGACUGGUAACAGUGUACUGUGCCUCCACUGGGAUACACUAUCCAGACACACAGAGGAUAUGGGUACCUGGGUUCACGGCUGCCCAGUGCAGGACUCGCUGCUUUUCAGCUGGUUAGAUCCCACAUUUACUCAAGACAUCCGUGUUUUUCAGGACCUGUAAUGUCAUUGUCACUGGCUAGUAAGGAUGGGCAGAACAUUUUCAAAUGAGCUUCCCCUUUAAGUUGGUGGUGUUUCCAUUCAUGUUUGUUUUGUUUUUUUAAACUUUGCGUGUACUACCACCUGGUGGCCAAAUACUGUAAAUUAUUUGUAAAGAGAAGUUCAGUGUUUCUCUUAAAGGGAAGGUCAAAUAUGAAUUUUCUGCGCACCCCUAUUGACGAGUGUAAAGACACAGGUCUGACUUGCUGAAGAGAGUAGGGAGCCAAUAAGCUGCAGAGAGGCUUGCACUGUACAAUAUAAAUAACAGAGAAUAACGGGAUCCAGUUUGUUUGUUUCUUUUCUAGAUUGUGUACCCCAGCGGCCUCAUGGCUCCCUCUGCUGUGAGAUCAGUCAGGCACACAGGCUAACUGGUCCUAUACUGGUCAGGUAGGGUUACAUUCUUACCAGCUCAGUAAUGCUGAUCUGAAUGACUUGGCACAUCUUCAGAUACUGAAUGGGAGCGAGAGUCACUGCAAGGAAGGUGUGAUUCGGACCUGGGAUUCACAGUAUGCAGCCUCACAUACUAAAAGUCCUUCUCCUGCCUUUCUGAGUGACUUAGAACAGGGAGGUUGCUCUGCUUGUAGAAUUCUCCGAGUGUGUUUGCGCUGGUUUCUGGUUGGCAUUUGUACUCUGCUGUAAGCAUGUUAGCUUCAUCUCUCUGGUUUGUAAUGAACGGAGACAAAAACGAAACAGUAAAGUGCAGAACCAUCCUUUACAUGUGGGCUGUGCUUUGUACCCUGGAAAUGAAGACUUUGGUUUGUUUUUUUCAAAUUGUAAUAACAAUAUGUUACUUUUUUUUCUGGUGCUUUUUGAUGUAUUACUUUCUAUUGUGACCAUGUCUGCAUGCACCUGGUGUCGUGGCUGGCUGCUGACUGGAUAGAUACGCUGUGGUUUCUAUUUUUACUGCAUGCCUCUUUGUUGUGUACUAGAGAAAAUGAAGAAAAACACACAUGAAGGGUCAGAACAAGUGCCCGCCUCUGCUGUCUUGCUUGUAGCUCCUGGUAAGAGAGCAGCGUUUUGAGUAACGACUGUAGUCAUUGGGAUGGGGUAUGCUGGGGUCAUUCUGAUGGAUGUAUUUUAAUAAGGCUUCUCUUCCUCAGUCUGUGUGCUGACUGGACCUCUCUGGAGACCAGCAUGAAUACGACUAGCCUGUGUAAACAUUAAUCAAUCACGACAGCGUGCAUUUACUUCAAACAUUGGAAGUGUCUUUCAUCAGAACCCAGAGUUCUGUGAGCUGUUUAUAAGCUCCUGAAUGAACCAGUGAAACUGACACAAAGUCAGCAAUAUCAGACUAAUAUCAGCCAAAGCUUUGUAUUUGCAUUUCAUUUCAUUUAAUUGUGUGUGUGUGUGUGUGUGUGGUGGGUUUGGACAUUAAUCAUUAAGAAGUAUUGGCCCUGCCCUUUGAUAGCAAUCCUGCAUGUAGCAGGCGUUACAUUCUCAUGGACUUGCUCUGCAGCCUCGUGCCUUUCCUGCAGCAUUCCUCAACGUGGAGAGGCAAACCUCUGCUGUUUACUGCUGACCGCAUGAUGAGCGCGGCCAGGACAAAACCCAGAGCGUGGCCUUUUGAAUUGCAAUCCAGAGAAAAGGACAGACACGGAGCAUGGCUGUGUGCUUUCAGAGCUUUGCUGAGAGGUUUGCAGAGAUGUACGUUUUUGUACAUGUUUACUUCUUGCUGUAUGUGUUUGUUUAUCUGUUCACCAGACUUUGAGGGCCCCAGUCUCACAAAUUAUACUGAAGGGAAAGAUGAGUUUCCUCUUUCUGUAGAAGAGGAAGUCUGGGCAUUUUGAGGGGGGGGUUGUAGUUUGAUUAUUGCACAGUAUUAUGAGAAUGCAGCCCCUCAUUCCCAAAGCACUACGAUUGAUUUUGUAAAACUGUUCAGAAUUUCUUUUUUUACACAAUCUGUUUUGCCCUGUUUUAAACGGUGUGAUCUAUAUGAUUCCAGUGUAUUAUUAUUAUUAUUAUUAUUAUUAUUAUUAUUAUUAUUUUGUAUUUUCGUUUUGGAGCGGUUUAUGCUUUGAAUGAACCCUGAUGUAAAUGUUUAGAGAUGUACUGGUCUGCUCUCUUUACUUUUAAAA